AUGUCUGAUCCAAGUGUGCUUGCAAAUGUAUCUUCAGUAAUCGAGAAGACUAUAAAUCGAGUCUGUUGUAGAUCAGAGCUUGACCGAAUAUUCGAACAGGCUAGCCCAUUCGCUAUUGAAGAGCAAAUAUGUCACUUUAAAAAUAUUCACGACAUACUUUACAUCAACUAUGAUCAUGGAGAGCUGAAAAGAAACGAUCUCCAUUGUUGGGAAGCUGAGGAAGCUGAACCUCCUUCAAUUUUUGAUAGAUUUGCCACAAAUAAUAUUCCAGUAAAAUAAAACUAUCAGAUUUGGAAGUUAUGCUGGAGACGAAGAUGAUGGUGAUCACGAAUCUCCAAAAAGAGGGCCAUUAUCUGUGUACUCAAAAUCAUCUGUCUUCAGAAGAGAUUUAAGAAAGAAAGGAAAGUAUCAUCUCACUCAUAAAUUUGUUCCAACACAGAAGCCAAUCCCAAUGGAUCCAGAGGAUCCCGAAGAUUUAUUCACUAGGCAAAUGAGAGCUAUUAAAAUCAAGGAGUUUGAAAGAGAUCAAGAAGAAAUCAAGAAGGCUAAAGAUCUAAGAAGAAGACUCUUAGCAAAAAGCAAAGCAGCUGCUAUUAAAAAUGAAGAAAAACUUCUAUCCAAAAAGGCAUAUACAUAUAAUUAUAACGGUGAAAUUAUUUUUGUUAAAAUGAAUAAUAACGAAAAAUUUCCAACAACACUCUCUCAGCCUCGAAUUGGGACUAAGCUCAAGCCAGUAGCUCAAAUGCCAGAAAAUACCAUUCAUGCGAUCAGAAAUAUCAAUAUGUCUCAGGAUGAGAUUGUGCAGAAGCAUUUCAAACCUACAUCAACUCAGAAAGAGCCUGAAAAAGUCAACAAAAGAAGGAAAUAAAAUUAAGCAUCUUGGAAAAUACUUCAACAAUAUGGUUGAGCCAGCAGGGUCCAACUUCGAUGUCAUGAGUGCAUCUCAAGGUGUAUGAAUCUUAGAAAAUGGCAAAAUAAAAUAAGGGACCACUAAUGAAAAGAAAUUCCUCCCAAGAGACAUUCCAAUUUGGCAGAAGAACAUCAGCUUUCAGCUCAACUAUCAACUCUCAAAAAUAGUGUGGGCAAAUUCGAUCCUAACUCACCAUCAAGUACUCAGCAAUUGAACCCAAUACUUCCUAAUGAUCAGCACAUACUGAUGGUUACUGGAGAUUAUGACACCUUAAUGAGUGGUCCUGAACUUAUGACCACAAGGAAAUUAAACAGAGUAGCUAGUCAGGGAAUGAUCAGUACAGAUAAAGACUUUGAUGUCACAACCCUCUUUCUCCCUGAUAUUGGUGGGGAUCCAAUGACAAGAAUUGAGAAAUCAAAGAUUUCCCAACAAAUAUUUAACAAGCCAUCUCUUUUAAACAUCACCUCAAUGAAGAAAGAAUUCAAAGACUCUUCAAAGGUUGACGAUCUUAAUCAGAACAUCAUGAUGAAUCCAACUUGGGGACAGCACACCAAAGCAGAAGGACUUGAACACCAAAAUGCUGCUAGAAAGCCACAGAUCCAUAAUUUGAUCAAGAGCAACAAAAUUGAAAAACUUGGCACUAACAAGAAGAAAGGGUCCUUCUUAGCAAGAAUGAGGAUGAAAAACUUGACACCUCAUAGCCACCUCCCUCAACCUCCUCUGGGAGAAUCAAUCGGGCAUGGAAUCCUUAAGAAUGAGUUGUAA